AUAAAUUGAAAAUGGCGACAAGCGCUCAAUCGUUUACGUUUGUGCUCCGGUGUUUCAGUGAGUUUCGCAUAAUUUGGUGAUUUAUAAAAUUCUCAUUACAAGUGCAGUGGACAUUUUUAAGUGCAAGAGACCAUAGGAUAGUGAAAUGGAAGCGGAAAUUGUAUCAAGAACACGCGAAAACCUAACUCUAAGUGCGAGAGAAAAUGACGUCCUCCAUUCCGGGCAAUCAACAAUGGUGACUGAAUUGCCGUCCGCCGUUGACAACUACGAGUCUAAGGUCACGUCGCCGUUCGCGAACCAUGCAACAGAUGGCGUUGACGCGAAUUGCGUAGCAGGAGCGGGCGAUUCAAAAUUGCAGGAGCGUCUCAUGAAAUCAAGAAAUUACAAUUAUCCGGUCAAGAUGAAGCGGAAACGGAGGCGCGGCAAGCCCAAAUCCAACUCAAAGCCGUACAAGAAAUCGAAUUGGAAGUUUCAGAAACCGCAUUGCCAGCAAAGCCGCCUUUGUGAUAGCGGAGCCUGUGGCCGUAGCGGAAUGCGCUCGAAACUGGUUCGGAGUCGUUCAAUUGUCCCGUACAAUACAAACGAUUUUCUAAUGGAGGAGCACAUGGCCGAGGUGCCAGGUGUUCUGUUAACUCCUUCAGGACGAACUCGCGACUCGAGCUUCUCCGUAGACUCUGAGGACAACUACUUUUUCUCACUUCCCGAGGACGAGGAAGAGUUCCUGACGAAGGAAUUCGCGAAUGUUUAUGAGCGAGCCAGGGUGGAAAGGCUCGAAUCAAUGUCGAAGCAAGAACUAAUCGAGGAAUGCCUGCAGCUGGAGCAUAAAUAUGCAGACGGACCGGGGCUACAGAUAUCCACCAAUGGGGGGAAUGAUUUCAUGAGUAGAAUACGUACUCUGGAAGAAAGGAUUCGCGACCUCACUAGUGAAAAUAUUGAUCUCAGGCGCCGAUUGGAGAGACGUAGUAGCGGUAUUGGUAUUGUCACUAAGCAACAAGAACAGGAGCGGAUGUGCUCGAGUACAAGUGAAGAUAGUGAAAGUGAUAGUUCUAGUAGUACUAGUUCAUCGUGUUCGACAAGUGAUUAUAGUGGUAGACACAGUCGGCGAAGUUCAAUAAGUGAUGAUGGUGAACUUUGCAGUGCACGCCAUGAUAACCCGUCACGAAUGGAUUCAGACGAUCUUGCAACUGAUCAAUCAGUGAAUAAUGUAUCAAAUCAAGAGCAACCGAAUGAAAUUGUGUGCAAUGGUAUCACUAAUGGCCCAUUAUCUCCGUCAGCAUCUUUGGCAACAUCACAAUUUUCACCACAACAUCCCAAUCAAAAUGUACAGCAACAACAGUCUCCAGCGCAACAACAGCAGCAGCUAAUCGAUGCCAAUUCUAAUGAUUAAGCAUUACAGUGUUUUUCAGUAGCUAUUACUAUUAACUAUUUACUCUGUUCUAUCAUUUUAAUAAGACCUGUGGUUUCUGUUGGCAAUAAUUUUCGGAUGGUAUGCUAUUUGAGAAUAUUCUAGCGAUCGAAUCGAAUUGCUAAGUAAAGGAAAAUCAUGGACCGUCAAAUGAAGGAAUAUGGUAAUUACCUUACGCUUUCAAAUUAUUACAGAUGUUUGGGGGGAGGUCGCUUAAGGGUGUUUGGAUAUUUGGGUUGAACCUCUAUGACUUCGUAUAGAAUUCCCAUUGACCUUAGAUUAUUCACUUGACGAAAUUCAUAUACUCAUAAAUCAAUAGUAGACGUCGUUGCUAAGUCUAUGCGUUAGAUAAGUCACUAAAUUGCAUCAAUUGAGCGAUUAUUCCUUCGCCUGCUGUAUGAAUUCUACUUUUCUUGUUAUCAAGUUUGGCCACUGAGUGCUUUUAGGUGACCUUCCCCCAAUAUAAUGCAUAACACCAUAUUCUCCGAUCAUUGUAAAUUUGAAUGUUGAUAUCAAUUGAUACGAUACUUUAUACAUAUAUAUAUUUUUUGAACAUGCAUUCAUUAUUAUAUUUGGAUAAGAUUUUAUCUCUUCUUCUCUAGUCAGAAUGUAAGUCAAUAUGUUUCUUUACGCGAGACGUCUUUAAUUGUUUGUAGUGUAUUUUUAUACAUUCUCUUUGUCAUUCUGUUCAAAAAAGAAUCUUCUUGAAAGUAUUGUGAAAAUUUUCCGAAAUUUAGUGGCUUAGAAUUUCCAAGUGUAUUGUAAUCAUAAACUGGAUUAAAUGACAUAUAAAUAAUUAAUUUUCAUUUUGGAAAGAAUGUUUCGAAAACUGGUUGGAUUGAAUGAAUGUUUUGGUAAUCCUUACGAAAGAACAAGUUUUUUAAACAAUAAAUUACUCUUAGAUUAGCAUAUAUAAUACUUCAUUGAAGUCGAUAUUUACGACAAAUAAUCGGAAACAUAAUUAGUUCUGACAUUCACUAUCCUUUGACUUGUUUUGCUUACUCCGGCAACGCUAAAUUUCAUUUUUAUACUAAGUUCCUGAAUAAGGGGUAGACUUAUUAAUUAUAUUAUUUUUGGACUUAUAGGAAGAGGAAGAGUGAAGUGCUUUGUUAUUGAAUAAUUGGUAUUUAUUUUUGAAUAAAUGAUUCUAAGAAAUA